UGUAUCUUGAUGAUAAACACACCUUUGUAUACUACCAUAGAUCAUUCUCUUCCUAGUUGUUUUACAAUGAUUAUCGACCCUUGUCUCUGACAACAAUUACUUCAUCUACUUCUAGUAUCAUGUACGAAGAACCAACGAGAGAUCGACAUUCCUCAUUCCGAAAGGCAAUCAACAACAGUACUUUGAACGAUCAAAACGUGAAUAAAUCUUCCCUUAACGUGAAAACCACUUUUCCAUUCAGUAUGUACAACCAUCCGGACGGUUAUUGGGUAGAUGAUUUACCAAACCCUCAUCAAAAUAUUCCGACAGUUAUCAAACCAGAAGACUUGAUUCCAAAGUCUCACAUAAAACGCAACCAUAGCACCGAUUCUACAAGCUCUGAUGUAAGUUUGUUGUCAUCAAGUUCUACAGCGACAUCACCUUCUGCAUUGCGAAGUUUGUUAGUUGUCGUUGUAACAUUGGCAAUACUCUUUUUGGCAUCAUUAGUGUACAUACUGCUGAAACUGAAUUCCAUUGAACACGAAUUAAUGAAAGAAAGGAACGAAAUGGAUAAUUUUCUAACUGGUUUUUGUGUCCCGUGUGACGAUGUUAGAUUAGGACCUUUUGAAGAGGACAACGAAAAAUUACUGUAUCUUGAUAAGAAGACUGUCAAUAGAGUUGAAAUUUGUUGUGCAAAAACACCAAAUCAAACUAUUAUUUUGACAAAUCUUAUUGUAGAAAGAAAUCAUAAAAAGCAGAAAACAGAAGAUUUACUGGACAUGGAAAAACGAACUCAACAGAGGAAUACAUCCUAUCAUCCAUCUAUUAAGGAAGCACCUGUUGCAGCUCAUUUGCUUGUUGGCUCUCAACAAGUUCCUAAGCAAGGUGAAGCGCCAUUUCCCAUUACGAACCUGCUAUCAACGGAUCCCAUUGCGCAUGUCCAAGGUCUAAGAGUAACAAAAGACAUGAUUAGUGUAAACGCUUCCGGACUGUACUUCGUCUACAGUCAGAUCUACUUCAGCAAUAUCAACAGUCAAAAUUACAAACAGAAUGCUUCACAAGCGUUAUACCAUUAUGUCUACAGAUACAACGUUAUUUAUCCAAAUGGCGGGAGUGAAUUGUUGUUAAAGAGCGUGCGCACUCUUUGUUGGGCCAAGGAUAAACUAUAUACUGACUACACUAGUUAUACUGCUGCUGCAUUCCAACUACAAGCUGGUGAUAAACUGUAUGUCAUGGUAUCUGAUAUUGCGACCCUGUCUAGAGAAACAAAGGCUAGUUUCUUUGGAAUUUUUAAGAUUUCUUGAGACACAGUGACGACUUAAACGUCAUAUUCUUUUUUUAUGCAAGGUAUCAUCAAAAAGUGCUCACAUAUAGCUAGGUGCUUUGAUAUUGCACACUUGUUUGUCUCUCGAUGAAGGUCAUACGGUUGCCUAA